GUGAAAUGAAAAGCCUCAUCCCACUUGGCUGCUAUAACCUAGCUAGUGAAGCGAUAUUUUCCUAUUCAAUUUAACAAACAAAAAACAAUAUCCAUUUAAAAAAUAUAUCUAUUUUAUUUAAGUAGUUAUUUUACUUGUAAUUUGUUUAUGGUUGCAUUGUCGGGAACCUAUUAUUUGUCAGCCAGUUUGCCGACGUGUUGUGGAUUGAUUCCCAGCUCUUUAACGGGGUGGCGGAAUCCAAAACAAGGGACAGCUGUUUAUAUUCCUAGUGUUUUAAUCCCUGUUUUUACUUGUUCAAGAAGAUGAAGAUAACGGUGGAAUUCGAGGAAUGUCUCAAAGACUCUCCGAGAUUCAGGGCCACUAUAGAGGAGGUGGAAGGGGAUGUUGGAGAGUUGGAGUCCAAACUCGACAAGCUGGUGAAGCUAUGCAUCGGGAUGAUCGACGCCGGCAAGGCUUACAACACGGCAAACAAACAGUUUGUCAAUGGAAUCCGCGAGCUCGCUGCGAGCUCCACCAAAGAUGAAGUCAUUGAGUCCAGUCUCACAACGUUUGCUGAGAGUCUGCAGGAGAUGAUCAACUAUCACACGAUUUUGUUUGACCAGGCCCAGCGAUCGAUUAAGACACAGCUUCUAACAUUUGUCAAAGAGGACCUGCGGAAGUUCAAAGAGGCUAAGAAGCAGUUUGACAAGGUGAGUGAGGAGAAGGAGGCGGCGUUGAACAAGAACGCCCAGGCGCCUCGCAACAAGCAGCACGAGGUGGAGGAGGCCACCAACAUCCUGACGGCUACGCGCAAGUGCUUCCGCCACAUCGUCCUUGACUACGUCCUCCAGAUCAAUGUACUACAGUCCAAGAGAAGAUCGGAAAUUCUCAAAUCGAUGCUGUCCUUCAUGUAUGCCCACCUGACCUUCUUCCAUCAGGGUUACGACCUUUUCAGUGAACUGCAACCGCUGAUGAAACAACUGGGGGGACAGCUGGACCUGCUGGUGGUGGAUGCAGCCAAAGAGAAGAGGGACAUGGAGCAGAAACACUCCACCAUUCAACAGAAGGACUUCUCGAAUGACGACACCAAGCUGGAGUACAAUGUGGACGCAGACAAUGGCAUUGCGAUGGAGGGCUACCUGUUUAAGAGGGCCAGCAACGCCUUCAAAACAUGGAACAGGCGCUGGUUCUCCAUUCAAAACAAUCAGCUAGUUUACCAGAAGAAGUUCAAGGAUAAUCCCACAGUAGUGGUGGAGGACUUGCGGCUAUGUACAGUCAAACACUGUGAAGAUAUCGAACGCCGCUUCUGCUUUGAAGUGGUGUCACCCACCAAGAGUUGUAUUAUGCAGGCUGACUCUGAGAAGCUGAGGCAGGCUUGGAUCAAAGCUGUCCAGAACAGCAUCGCCACUGCCUUCCGGGAGCAGGGAGAGGACGCUGAGAAGCUGGACCGGAAGUCUUCCACGUCCACAGGCAGCCUGGACUCAGGCGGCGAGCCCAAAGAGAGGUCACUGAAAGGGGAGAGCGCUCUCCAGAGGGUCAUGGUCAUUGGGGGCAACGCCUGCUGCUGUGACUGUGGUCAACCUGACCCACGCUGGGCCAGCAUCAACCUGGGCAUCACCCUCUGUAUCCAGUGCUCUGGGAUACACAGGAGUCUGGGGGUCCAUUUCUCCAAAGUGCGCUCGCUCACCCUGGACUCAUGGGAACCGGAACUACUCAAGCUGAUGUGUGAGCUGGGUAACGGGGUCAUCAACCAGAUCUACGAGGCUGGGAGAGAGGAGCUGGGAGCCAUGAAGCCAAAGCCGACAGACCCCAGGCAGGAGAUCGAAGCCUAUAUCAGGGCCAAGUACGUGGACCGGCGUUUCGUGCAGCGCCCGUCCAAUGAAGAGUUACGCGCCAAGGUGGUGUCCCUGGCCAAACGGGAGAAGAAGCUGAGCGGCAGCACGGAGCACCUGCCCCCCCGGCCGCCCCCGCCCACGCCCAAACUCCGGCCCUCCUCCAAUGCCUCAGGUCAGUCAGCUGCUGCCAAAGGCUUGAAGGCGCGCCGCGACUCUCUCUUCUGUCCAGACGAGCUUGACUCGCUCUUCUCCUACUUUGACACCUCUGCCAAGCUCAGGAGCAUAAGAAGUGCAGACAGUGGCAUCCAGAACAGUGCAGAAGGGAGUAGGGAGAUGCUGGCCACCAACAGCCUGGCUGAAGCAGAAGCUGCCGAGGCGCCCCCCAUGGCCAUGCCUGCCACCCUGCCCCCUCCAUCGCCCUGUAAGGAGCUGGUGGUGUUCUCGGAGCCCAAGGAGUACUCCUCGGGGCUGCAGCUGUACUGGGCCUCGUGUGCCCGCAGCCUGCCCGACAUGGCCGAGGCCCUGGCCCACGGAGCGGAGGUCAACUGGGUCAACACCGACAACGACAAGAGGACCCCGCUCAUCAUGGCUGUGCAGGGGGGCUCGUUGGUGACCUGUGAGUUCCUGCUCCAGAACGCAGGAAACGUGAACCAGCAGGACGCCCUGGGCCGAGGACCCCUCCACCACGCCACCAUCCUGGGACACACCGGUCAAGUGUGUUUGUUCCUGAAAAGAGGAGCCAAUCAAAACGCGGCAGACAUUGAAGCGAAAACGCCCCUAUCCAUGGCAGUGGACGCUGCCAAUGCAGACAUCGUCACAUUACUGCGAUUGGCCAAGAUGAACGAGGAGAUGCGGGAGGCGGAGGGGCCCUACAUGCAGUCAGGAGAUGAAACCUACCAAGACAUUUUCCAGGAUUUUUCCCAGAUGGCUUCAAACGAUCCGGAGAAGCUGAACCGCUACCAGCAGUAUGACUCGCAGCAGAGGCCAUGAGGGAGGGAGACGACCUGGAAGUCUGUGGAAGCCGUCUGGGCUUUUUCCUGGUCAGUGCUGUACUCAGCACGAGUAUUGGAGGGUCUGUUUUUCACCUGAACCUCAAUGGUGAAGGUGUCUGUGGUAUAUCACUUUUAAUUGGUUCGAAUGGGUCUAAAAUUUUACAUUUUAAAGUAAAAAAUGUAUACAUUUCAUUGAGGCUGGUUGGCUCAGGAUUGUGAACCUAAACAAUGUUUUAUGAGACUCUGGACUGGUGCCCAGUUGGUAAAACAGUUCACAUUUGAACCUGAAUGGUACAGUAUUAUGCUUUAUAUAUAAUGUGACAGUUUGGUUCAAAACAUAACCAUAAACAAAAAUCGAGUCGUAAUUGUUGUUUCUGAAUUCAUAUAAACCAAAUAGACCACUCAUCGUGUCUUUUGAGGUUUAGUAGGCUUUUUAAAUAUAUAUAAAAAUUUAAAAAACAUUUUAUUUGUGCUAUCAAUUUGCUAAUAUCGUCCCAUUUCAAUGUGGUGUUUUUGUUUAUAAAUAAUAAACAGCACCUUUUUGUGAUUUUGGCUAUAGUGUGUUUUCACAGCAUUUAUCUGUUGUAUGUUAAUGGCUGGCCACCCACUUUCCUCGUCAACACUGUUUUGUACGGUGAAACUUGUGUGAAGUGCUCAUGUUGCUGAGGUGUAGGUUUGUUACUCUUCCGUUACUGUUGAAAACCCCUUAAUGUGGCUCAUGCAUAAAUGUUGAUUGUGGGUAUUUUGCUGUUUAGUUUUUUUGAUGAGGCAAUACUUUUGUUUUGUGAUUUUUAAAGAUCUGAAGGAGGGUAAAUCCGUUUAUUUUGUUGUGUGUGUGAGGAAGACGAGCCUUAUGUUUUAAAGUAUAAUUUCAUAUUUAAUCUUGUUUUAGACCGGAAACAAUGACUGUUAAAAAGAGAAAAGAUGACAUGUUAGGCCCUUUCUGUACAUGCAUGUUUGAAUUUAGGUCCCCAUAUUGUAGUAUCCACUUUCUCCUGACGUCUCACUAUUUUAAACAGUAUUAUAGCAUCAUGUUCAUUGGAUGGCAAAAAACGACUUCUAUAAAAUAUACCUUGUUUAUUAGUGUAUUAGAAACACUAACGAGCAUGUACCACCUUCCUGGAUACGUACUACUGUGGCAUUGCAUUUACAAUAUAAGGAGCUUUCUUAAGCCCUGGUUAUACUUGGUGCUAAUGCUCUCAAGCCCUGUUUAUACCUGGUGCUAUCAUUUGCCUUUUGUCCUGAUCUGGUCCACAUUCUGAUUGUGCCCACAUUUUUAAAUGGGUGUAGAUGAUUAAAGCAAUUGAUUGUAAUCAGAUCCUCCUUACCACUUCUGGAGGAGGUCUUUGUAAGCCGAUCUGGAUUGUCAAACCAUUUAAAUCCACCCUCAUCAUUGACAUGGGCCACCAUGGACCGAAGGCAUCAAUAUUGGUCUAUAACGUAAAAUAAAAAUGAUUAUAUAUCACAUGUAAAUGAAAUGUGUAACUAGGGAUUUUCCUUUCUUGACUUUUAUUGGACUCUAACUUGUAAACUCUGCCCACUGAGCUUUCAUCCAACUACUUCUGUAGGUGGUCAGGAAGAUCUGAUCAGUGUUUUUUACAUUUUUUGUUAACACCAGUUAUAAACUGGGCUAUUCUUAAAUACAACAUGUGAUACAGCUUCUGAAUAAGUGAAAUCUAAAGUAGUGGUACUUGAAUCAUUAAAUAAGCUUGUAAAUGCUGAUAAUAUAAAAAAGACAAUUACAAGAUGAAAUUGUCUCCCUAUACCACUCAGAUAUGCAUAUUAUCGAUAUAAUUAAGGACUAUAUUACAUUUACUGCAAAUCAUGGACUGAAUUUCUUGCUGAAUGUUGAAUUGUUUUGUAUUGAUUUUAUAAAGCAAUGUUCCGUUCUGAUUGUCUGUUUUAUUACAUUAAUUAAAGGGAUACUUCACUA